AUGGAGGAAUAUGAGAAUUAUAUCAACUGGACAGAGGUGCAACACUAUAUUCCUCCAAUUCCUAUUGAGGAUAAAGAAGGUCCGCAAAAAGAGAAAGGUGAAAAAGCUUGUCAAACGUCAGAUGCAGGAGCAAAGACAAAGAGAAGCAGGCAGGUUCCUCCUGUCGAGAAAGAAGGUGUGAUCGAGAAAGAAGUCAUCCCACAAGAAACGAUCAUUCCGGCUGUCGAGAUAGCCAAAGAGAAUCUUGAUAAGCUAACUCCCGAGACCCACCUGGUCACAGAGUUGGACCCAGAGUGGUUCUCGGGACCCAAGCCUCCCUUGGAGAAGAAGAACAUUGUCGAGGAUACUGACGUCUCUCCUGGGUCAUCGGCUUACACCGCAGCAGCAGCUGUAUACCACUUUGGGGAUGCUAGAAUCGAGUGCCCCAUACUUGAAGAAAACAUUGCAGCAAUGACCGAGGAGGAUACUUUGAAGCUAAUGAAAAAUGGGCUAGUGCACCUCUCGACUGAACAGCUUCCUUUGUUCAAUGCUUUGUGCAAUGCCAUCCUCCAAAUGGGCUCUCCUGAGGAAAUCACUUCUUUCCCUGAUGAUGCCCCAACAAUCUUGAUGGGCGAUCCUUGUGAUGUAAUCCGAGUGCCAGACCUUCCGGACAAGUUCAUUGGGGUCGAGUUGGUCUCUGAUGAUGACUCCUCAGAGGAAGCUGAUUGGGACGACCAAGAGAAAGAGCCAGAGAUCGAGAAGGAAGCCGAGUCGACUCAAACACCUGUCAAGGAGACCAAUAAGAAUCAGCAAACCAACCCUCCAAAUCAAGGCACUGAAUCGUACUUUGUCCAUCAGGUACACUUGAUGAUUUUGGAUCAAAAUCAAGCCAAGAAUUUCCCAAUGUAUGCUAUGGUCUCUUCAGCAAUCAAUAUCCAUAAUAUUUCGGUGCGCUUCAGGCAGAAAGAAGAGGACUAUCAGCGUUGCCUCCUACAAUACGACCUUGAUUACCAAGAUUCUCUAUCCUUGGAGGCAAAUGUAAGUGAGGAGAUAGCCCACUUAAAAAACGAAAAUGCCCAGCUAAAGCAUCGUGGAAAGAUCGUUGUUUCCCCAUGGUUUCUCAAAACGUUCCAUAUUCUUUCACUCGUCGAGAUGCAAAUACAAGUCAGGACGGAGUGCUUCAUUACUGCAAUAGAGCUGCUGAAGAGGAGGACCAAGGAAGUCGAGUUUUACUCAAAACAAUCCGCCAAUUUGCAAAACAUACUAGCCGACCGAGAGAUCUUGCUUCCCAUUCUCGAUGACCUAGAUGAGGACGAGGAAACCAGAGAGAGGUCUGCGGCUGAAGAAUACCUGCUGAGGCUUAACGAGCAAGACUUGGAGAUUGUGGACCUGAAGGAUAAGUGGAACUAA